AUGGACAUGGAGAAGGUCAACUCCAUGGACUUUGGAGAAUUUGUGGAUGUGUUCGGGAAUGUCGUUGAGAGAUGCCCUCUGAUUGCGGCUGCUGUGUGGUCCCAGCGCCCGUUCUCCAACUCGGAAGACUUAGAGAAGCACUUUUUUGCCUUUAUUGACGCCCUUCCACGGUCAGGCCAAGAGGGCAUCCUGCGCUGCCACCCGGACCUGGCGGGCCGCGAGCUGCAGCAGGGCACGCUCACUGCGGAGUCGCGGCGGGAGCAGAGGGGCGCGGGCCUGAUGAGCCUGGACGCGGCCGAGCGGCUCCGGCUGGCGGAGCUCAACGCUCAGUACCGCGCGCGCUUCGGCUUCCCCUUCGUGCUCGCCGCGCGUCUCAGCGACCGGGCGGCGGUGCCGGGGGAGCUGGCGCGCCGGCUGCAGCGCCCGCCCGCCGAGGAGCUGCGCACCGCCCUGGGCGAGGUGAAGAAGAUCGGCCGCCUGCGCCUCGCCGACCUCCUCGGCGCCGCCGGCCUCGCCGGACCGUAG